AGGCACCACCCCUCCCCGUGGAUAUUUAGCUUGCGAAUACCCGCAAGCAAUAGCAAAGUAGCAACAGUAUUGCUUGAAUCGUGGACCCGUUAUCGUGAUCCAUUUUGUGGAGACGAGAUCGCGUAGGAAUAACUUACUUGUUAUAAGGAUUAUUUCACUUAAGCUUAACACUUACGUUGAUGAAGCAAGAGGAACAAGCCAUGUCUUCCCCUCGUCAUUCUGACCGUAGAAGUCCACCGCCUCCCCCGCCACCAGAGGAGCCAAAUGGCCACGAGCGGAGGAGGGACCGCUCUCCACGGAGGAGUAAGUGGGAUACCGAAGAUAACGAAGAUGGAGGUGCGAAGCCGGGUGGUGGCUUACUCAGUAGUGUGGCGGUGCCUAAGAUGAACAACUCAAUGUUCAGGGAUAUGCUGAAUGACCCAAGCUUAUAUGGGAACCCGACGUCUUCGUCAAAUGGAGGAGACAGAGACCACAGGGACUAUGAUAGAGACUACGAUAGGGAUAGAGGUAGACGACGAGACGACCACAAAUAUAGCCAAGGCCAGGGAUAUGGUCGGGACGUGUCGAGAUUGACAGGGAACAGUGCUGCCAGUAGUAGUACUGCGCCAUCGAGUAGGUCGGCACGGCCAAAUGAUCCGAAUAUCAAUCCAUUGACGAACACGCCCUACUCGAAGAAAUAUUUCGGUAUUGCUUACGGUGAUUUUGCUUGAGCCUGAUCCUAUGUGUAUAAUGAUGUAGUUCUUGUUUGCUAUUUCUUACAUCUGUGAUAAAGGUCUGUAGGUAAAGACGAAGACCGGAAAGGUGUUGAUGAUGUUGAUCUGCAUACGGGUAUCCUAUUCACGACGUUCCAAACCAUUUAUUCUCGGCUCACCACAGAAAUCCUCGAGAAGCGUCAGACACUGCCUUGUGCCGCAGCACGAAAAGACUUUUUAAAGUUGGUGAAGAAAAAUCAAGUUACUGUGCUAGUAGGUGAGACGGGGUCCGGUAAAACGACUCAGAUGCCACAGUUCAUCCUUGAUGCCGGUUAUGCUUCCUUCGGCAAGGCCGUAGCAUGCACGCAGCCAAGGCGAGUGGCAGCAAUGAGUGUCGCCCAGCGCGUAGCAGACGAAAUGGAUGUAGAAUUAGGCACCUAUUGCGGCUACAGCAUCCGUUUUGAGGACAGAACGAGCAAGGACACGCUGUUGAAGUACAUGACAGACGGUAUGUUGCUGAGGGAAGCCAUGACCGAGCCGACUUUGUCGCGGUAUAGUGUAAUCAUCUUAGAUGAGGCGCACGAACGAACGCUGGCGACUGACGUGUUGUUUGGCCUACUGAAGGAGAUCAUGAAAAACCGGGAAGACUUGAAGAUCGUGGUCAUGUCUGCGACGUUGGAUGCAGAGAAAAUGCAACUCUACUUCAACAACGCUCCAAUGAUCAACAUUCCUGGUAGGACCUUUCCAGUCGAAAUCUACUACACCCCAGAGCCUGAGAAGGAUUAUCUGCAAGCAGCUAUCAGAACAGUUUUGAUGAUCCACAACGAAGAACCUGAUGGCGACGUCUUGCUCUUUCUUACUGGUGAAGAGGAAAUCGAGUAUGCCUGUCGUACCUUGAUGAGCAGUGCGAGGAGUACAGACCCGAAAAUUGGUGAAUUGAGGGCGAUUGCGUUAUAUUCUAGUCUUCCACCGCACAUGCAACAGCGAAUUUUCGAGCCCGCACCGAAGCCAAGGAUCGCAGGGGGCCGACCUGGUAGGAAAAUCGUGGUGUCAACAAAUAUCGCAGAGACGUCAGUCACGAUUGAUGGAAUCGUGUACGUCGUGGAUCCGGGCUUGAGCAAACAGAAGGUAUUAUGAAGAUUUGUUUUGGAAUUGGAAACGAUCUUAAGCUCUGAUGAAGAUUGCUUCUUGUUCCCAAGAAUCUCACGCGGAGGUUCUCUCCUUAACUCUGUCAAGAAAGCGCUCCUCUCAAAUGAUGAAACUUUCCUAAAUCCUGACGACGUUUGUGGCUGUUCGCUCUCCACGGAGUGAGCGCUCACUUUCAUAUGGGUCGGAUAAAAACGUGUAAUUGAUACUGACUUCGACGCGUGUCUUGAUAUGUUCUUCCUAAGAAAGAUCUUUCUGCUUGCGCUCUCGAAUGAUGAAAACUUUGAAAAUCCUGACGACGGGUGUGGCCGUGCUCUGCUGUUAUGGUGUGAGCCGCUGUGCCCGUAUGGGUCGGAUAAAUACGUGUAAUUGAUACUGACUGCGCAUCGAUCUUCAAGGAGUUGCAAUCAAAAGAGAUCCACCACUUUCAGUAAAGCUCCAGCACUUCUACUCGUUUAUCAUUCAUUCUAUUGUUGAGUUGUUGUUGUUAUCUAGUGUGAUCACAUCGAAGCGCCCGGGUGAUCAAAUCGCCCGGGAAGGAAUACCUCAACCUCAUGUUCACUCACAAUAAAUGAUCUUCACAGGUCUUCAAUCCCCGUAUCAAAGUCGAGUCUCUUCUCGUUACCCCGAUAUCCCAAGCCUCCGCAUCACAGCGGUCUGGUCGUGCAGGCCGUACUAGACCUGGAAAGUGCUUUCGACUGUACACAGAGAACAGUUUUAAAGAAUUGCUGACGCCCCAGACGUAUCCUGAGAUUUUGCGAAGUAAUCUGUCGACUAUCGUUUUGACGCUAUUGAAGCUAGGGAUCCAAGACUUGGUCCACUUCGAUUUUCUGGACCCGCCAGCACCGGAAACGUUGAUGCGUACUUACUACUUUAGGUUUGGUUUUUUGAAGGAUUUGAUAUUCUUGUGUUGGCUUCUGUUUCGAAAAUAGCGACGUAUGAAUGAACUACUGUGUGUCAUUUCAUGUAGUUCUAGUGCUAGUCUCCCUGCACCAUGGCCAUUUCGAUAGUUUCUCCUAAAAAGCGAUUUAACAAGUACCAGUAGCAGUACGGCUAUGACCACGAUAGUAUACUGAUUUCGGGACUUGUUCGCGAUUAAAGUUCUUGACAUCCUCAUUUACCCAUACUGUAUUAUGCAAACCUAUCUUCAUCGUUGCAAUCACCAAAACAAACAGACGCCCUGAAUCAUCUUCGCAACCUGGGUGCCUUAUCCAACGAAAUGCAGAUGACGUCUAUUGGCCGAUUGAUGUCCGAGUUCCCUUUAGACGCCAACCACUCUCGCAUGCUCCUCUCCUCUCCGGGAUACCACUGCUCUCACGAGAUCAUCUCGAUUGUCGCGAUGUUGUCUGUGCCGCAAGUCUUCCACCGAGGUAAGGAGAAAGAGAAGCAAGAGGCGGAACGGGCGAAGCAACAGUUCGCUCACAUGGACGGAGACCAUCUACAACUCUUGCAAGUGUUUGACGAGUAUAGAAGACAGAAGGAGCUGUUGUACCAUAAUGAGGCUGUUGAGCAGUGGUGUCAGACGAACUACGUCAACAUGCGAUCGCUUCAGUCCGCAGAGUCUGUACGUGGCCAAUUGGCUUCGAUCAUGGAGAAAAACAGUGUACCAGUAGUUGGCGGCACAGUAGACCACCAGCGCGAUCCGCAAUACCACGCUCGUAUCCGAAAAGCCAUUCUAGCCGGCUGCUACACAAAUGUCGCGAGGUUACAAGCAGAUGGCAAGCAUAAGGACAAAUACUUGAAUGUGCAAGACAAUCAAGCAGCAGAGAUCCAUCCGAGCACGUGUUUGAAGCACAAGCCUGAGUGGAUCGUUUUUAAUGACAUAGUCUUGACACAAAAGAACUACGUCAGAACGGCGACGAAAAUUUUACCAGAAUGGUGCUUGGAGAUUUCCGAAGACUACUUUUCUGGAAAACUUCAGAAACUACCACAGAGCGUCGCUUUGCGUGAAUUAGAAGACCUGAAGAGAGUCGCUGGUGCGAUUCUUCAACAGCAAGCGCAACAAUACGAAGCCACUCUGGCAGCACAUCAGCAGAACUUAGCGAGUCAGCAAAUGCAACAGUUGCAGGCAGAGCAAGCGUUGGCCGGUGGUGCAGGAAUGAGCACGAUGCAGCAGCACAUGCAAGAGCAACAGUUGUUGCAGCAGAAGGCUGCUGUGGCUGGUGCAGGUGGAGAACAAACUGCAGCUGGCGGCUUAACAGCGGAACAAAAACAAAUGCUGCAUCAACGAGCAGUAGCUGCGAUGAUGGCAGCACAGCAACAGCAAGGAUAAGCCGAUGAAAAUCGAGACCAACUGGAACAAACAUAAUCACAACAUCAAUACGAUUCACAUUCACCGAGUACGACGUAAGAACGAUCGACCCGCCGGAGAACCCACUUACAUCAUUUUACUGCGAGUUCACCAUCGUCGAGCUCAACGAAGAUUACAAGAACAUCCUCCGCCACGACCUGAUCCCCACCCGCCCCACAUUUGUAGUGCCAUAGUCUUCCAAGAAAAUAAAAAUAACGUAACUCCGUCUCCGACCGCUGUGGUCAUCUUCUAUGGUCGUGUUCCUGAACUCGAC